UUAAUUUUGUUUUUUUUUAAUGCAAGGAGCCUGCUUCCAUAUAAGAAUUCAUAUGGAAUUUGGAAAGAGGAUAGAUAUAACUGCAAAGGAAAGGUUUUCCCAUUUUCCAUAUUAUCCAUCAAUAAAAACUGCUUGGAAUGUUUUCACAUGAAGCUCUAUGUAAAAGAGAACCAGAGAUAUAUGAUUCUUCAGAAUGUAUCAACAAUAUUGUCCAGAAUUACGAAUUGAUAACUUCUGGAAUAACUGGAGAAAAUAACAAAAUACACAAUUCAGACAAUGAGAAUGUUGAAAACGUAGAUGCUAAGUUUGAAAUUUCAAAAAUGUUUGUAGGAUGGAAUAAAAGCAGUUUGAACAAAAAGGAACCAUUUGAGAUCAAAAUUGAAGAUGGUAACUCCAAUCUUAGGAAUGAAGAAGAGUUUUAUUACAACUCAAAAAAUGGAAAUAUUUCUGAAAAUAAAGCCAGUGAUUCUGAUGAUUCCUUGGACCAAAUUCAGUCUUCUGAUAAUGAUUCAGAGAUAGAAGAAAUUUCCGAAAUACCUCUGAAUGGUAAUACUAAAAUAAAUCAGAAUAUUAGAGUAUUGAAGAAACACAAAUGUGACUUAUGUGAUUAUGUGGCAAAACAAAAAAGGCUCCUCAAAAAUCAUUUAGAUUCUGUCCAUUUGAAUGUGAAGCAGCACAAAUGUGACUUAUGUGAUUAUGCUGCUACUCAAAAAUGUUAUCUCAAAGUUCACAUCAAUUCUGUUCAUAUAAACUUAAAGAAUCAUCUGUGUGCUUUCUGUGAUUAUUCUGCAAAUUCAAAAGCGACCCUCAAAGAUCAUACAAGUUCUGUUCAUUUGAAUGUGAGGCAACACAAGUGCCACUUAUGUGAGUAUGCAGCAAGUCGAAAAAGAGACCUUGAAAAUCACAUGAAUUCUAUUCAUUUGAAUGUGAGACGACACAAAUGUGACUUAUGUGAUUAUGCUGCAAGUCGGAAAAGGGACCUCACAAAUCAUAUCAAUUCUGUCCAUUUGAAUGUGAAACAGCAGAAAUGUGACUUUUGUGAUUAUGCUGCAAUUCAAAAAUGUAACCUCAAAAGGCAUAUAAAUUCUGUUCAUUUGAAUGUGAAGAAACAUAAAUGUACAUUAUGCAAUUAUGCUGCAAGUUCAAAAGGGCACCUCCAAAAUCAUAUAAAUUCCAUUCAUUUGAAUAUUAAACAGCACAAAUGUGAGUUAUGCGAUUAUGCUGCGACUCAAAAAAGUCAUCUUGAAGAUCAUGUGAAUUCUAAUCAUUUGAACCUGAAGAGAUAUAAAUGUGCUUCGUGCAGUUAUGCCGCAUAUAGAAAGGCAGACCUUAAAAAUCAUAUAAAUUUUGUUCAUUUGAAAGUGAAGAAACACAAAUGUCACUUAUGUGACUAUGCUGCAAUUCAAAAAAGGAACCUUGAAAAGCAUAUAAAUUCCAUUCACUUGAAUGAGAAACAGCGAAAAUGUGACUGAUGUGAUUAUGCCGCAAUUCAAAAACUACCAGAUUGCAUAAACUCUUUUUAUUGCCAUUAAAAUGCCCCUCAAUAAUCAUAUAAAUUGCAAUUCUCAAGGAUCAUGUAAAUUCUAUUAAUUCAAACUUGAAGAAAUUCAAAUGCACAUCAUGUGAUUAUGCUGAUAAGGAAAACAAGAAUCUAAAAAUAUCUAGUCAUUCGAAUGUGAAUUAGUAGAAAUGUGGCUUAUGUGAUUAUGCUGCAAAUUAAAAAUUUUAUUCAAAAAAUAAGCGGCACAAAUGUCACUUAUGUGAUUUUGAUGCAUUUCAUCUCAAGGACUAUGUUAAUUCUGCUCAUUUGAACAUGAGGAAACAUAAAUUUGCUAUAUGAGAGCAUCAAUAAUCAUGUAAAUUCCAUUUAUUUGAAUGUGGAGCAGCUACCUUGAUUAUGCUGCAACUGGAAAAGUAAUGCUCAAUAUUAAUAUGAAUUCAGUUCAUUUGAAUGUGAAGCAGCUCAAAUGAGAUUAUGCUCAAUGUUGAAAGAUCAGAUGGAUUUUGUUCAUUAGAAGUAUUUAUAAAACAGCUUGGAAGAAAUCUCCCAAAAGGCAUCUAUACUUCUGAAGUUGAGAGAAUAUAGUAGAAGUUGCUUGACCUGAGGUUUGUUCUGUAAGAAGAAAAUUAGAAAGAAAAUGUCCGAACUUCCGUUUUUUUUUCUCAAGAUCAUAAACAAAAU